AUGUCGAAAGUGGUGACGAUCCCCGUCCAAACAAAGGUCUCGAUCCAGCUCGACUUUUCCAGCUCUUACAAGGUUACCCGUUGGUUGGUUUGCUAUCGUCAAUUGUUUGAGACGGAAUCCGUCCGGUAUGGACAUCGAGCCAACCAGUGCGGCGGGCACCGCCUAAAAACCACAAUUCGGCACGACAAUUUCAGCCUGCACUACUCAAGAGCAUCCGCGAUGGCCAAGCUCAAGGCAAAAUUCUUGUGGUGA